AUGUGUGUGUUUUUUUUGGGGGGCGGGGGCGGAGUACAGGAUAAUUCUUUUACCGGUGGUAAUUAUGCAUUUUCACCAUACGGUUUGGCAUCCGUACUUGUUUUAUUAUACGAAGGUUCUUGCGGCGAAUCGGCGGUGCAAAUUCAAAGGACUUUAAGUUUUCCAUGGAAUAAAUUUAUCGUUCGUUUGGGAUUUCGUGACAUACACGAUCGUUUAAAGAGUUAUUUCAGUCACGAUGGUUUUUUAACCGGCAUGACAUUAAAUAAAAAAACAACGACGUUAACGCCGGAAUUUAAAAUGAUAUUAAAAUUUUACGGUUAUAAUGUUGAUAAUGAUAAUAAUAAUAAUAGUAUGAAUACUACUAAAAUCACUCCGAUGAUUUCUUCAACUCCAGCUUUUAUCACAACUACGGAAGAAAACGUUUCAAGUAAAAAAUUUUCAACAACGAUGUUUUCUCAAGGUUUUGAUUCGACAACGAUCAAUUUAGAUAAAAGUACAAAUGAAAUUACGAAAACGGAAGUAAGUACAAUUAUAACUAGCAGUGGUACGACCGAAGCAACAACGACAACUACUACCGUCGAUGAUGUUAAAACUACAACGGAAAUGAAUACGUCGAUGACAUUUUCCGAUGGGGAUACUACGGAAAAAAGUACAGAAAUUACAUCAACGACUGAUUUUUCUACUGCUUCGAAAGAAAGUACUACUACUACGGAAAAUGUUGGUGAAUUGACUAGUUCAACAAUUCCGUCUACUACCACGAAUGAGAUUUUUACGGAAACAACUUCUACACAAGAAUCUACUACAAGUAGAACGACAACGAAUGAUUUGGAUGCUAGUUUAGAUAAUGGAAUGCUGAUUCCACAAUCCCAAUACACGGAAUUACCAACGACAUUGUCGGCGACAGCAUCAACGACGGAGAAUCAAGGAACUACUACAAUGUUAACAACCACGACGGAAGCAGAAACAUCUUUAGGUACAUCGACAUUGUCUGAUAAUUUUUCUGAGAGCGGAUCUACAACGCCGGUGGAAGCUGAAAAGAGGAUGAGCACGGUUAUGAUGGACACAACAACAUUAACGGAUAGGAAUUCGAAAACAACUUCUUUUACGCAAUACCCCUCUACGACUGUUUCGAAUGUUACGUCAACAUUUUCGACCACAACGGAUACGGUUUCUGAAACCACAUCGAUUGAUGAUCGAACUACAACAGAAGCGAUGGAUACAACACCGAUUUCUACGACUUUAAAAAAUAAACUUACUGCCACGACUAAUAACUUUAGGCCUACAAAACAAAGGACGAUGCAGACGCAAACAAUGAGUACAACUACGGGAAUGUUUACUACAAAUUUUAUUUCGACAAUUCCACCGGUUAAAAAUUUAAUCGGUGAGAUAACAACAAUGAAAAAUAAUGACACCGUUUCUACGGAAAUGACGACAAGUGGUAAUACAUUGAAUGAAACUCCUACAAGCACUUAUGCAUCAUCCACCGAUAUUAGUAGUACAAUCACCGAAACUCCAACAACUUUACCAAUUUCUAUUGCACUGACUGAAAUUACCACCACUCAAAUGACACCAACCGAACCUCCAACGACUAACGCUCCGACCACUACCACUGAAAUAACAUCCACCCAAACUUCAACGACUAAUGCUCAGACCACUACUACUGAAAUGACUUCCACUCAAACUCCAACGACUUACGCUCAAACUACCACUGAAAUGACGACCACCCAAACUCCAACGAUUACCACUGAAAUGACUUCUACUCAAACUUCAACGACUAAUCCUGAAACCACCACUACUGAAAUGACAACAACCCCAACUUCAACGAGUAAUGCUGAAACCUCCACCGCUGAAAUGACUUCCACCCAAACUUCAACGACUAACGCUCAAACUACCAUUGAAAUGACAACCACCCAAACUCCAUCGACUAAUCCUGAAACCACCACUACUGAAAUGACUUCCACCCAAACUUCAACGACUAACGCUCAAACUACCACUGAAAUGACUUCCACCCAAACUCCAACGACUAAUUUUCGGACGACUACUACUGAAAUGACUUCCACCCAAAGUUUAACGACUAACGCUCAAACUACCACCACAGAAAUGACAACAACCGAAACUCCAACGACUAAAGCUCAAACUACCAUUCCUCAAAUGACAACAACCGAAACUUCAACGACUAACGCUCAGACGACUACCACUGAAACAACUACUAGUGGUAGUACAAUAACCGAAACUCCUACGACUAAUGCUUAUACUGAUACUACUACCCCCACUGAAAUGACAACUAGUGGUAGUUCAUUAGCUGAAACUCCAACAACCACUGUUCACGCUUCUACCACUGAAAUAACAACCAAUGGUAGUACAAUCUCCGAAACUCCAACAACCAACCCUCAGACCACCGAAACGACUACAAGCAGUAGUACCAUCACCGAAACUCCAACUACCAUUCUUAGUACUACCACUGAAACUUCAACGACUAGUGCCCAUACUACAAUUACUACCACCGAAAUGACAACCAGUAAUGAUAAAAUCACCGAAACUCCUACGUCUACUAUUCACACUACAACGACUGAAAUGACAAUCAGUGAUACUACAACGACUGAAACUUCAACGACCCCUGAAACGACUGAUACUUCUACAAAUCCUUAUACAACCGAAACAAGCACUUCUCCUAGUACCCUCACCGAGUCUGCAACUUCCGUUAGUUCUAUUUUCACACAAACCACGGAUGAAAAUACACCGACUCUUUUUCAAACAAACACAUCUCCAGAGGAUAGCGGUAGCACAACUAUUCAAACCACAACAAACAAUCAUUUUACAACAGAAUCAACAACGAUCGAUACAACGACAACUCAGUUAACAAAUACUUUUCCAACAGAAAAAUCAACAAUCAUUACACCUGAAACAACCACAACCGACUCAACAACAACUCAAACAAAAAUAACAACCGAUGACAGUCAAACGACAGAAAAUCCAACAACAACAACAAAUUUUUAUAAUAUAAACGAAAACACGUUGAUAUUUGUUCCAUUAUUAAAACCUAAUAUUAGUAGCGGGUUAACACACAGACGUCCUAGAAACAUAAAAAUUUCAAGUAAAGCUUACAAUUUAAAACCUCUUAAUUCAACAAAGCCAUUAAUGAUCGUCACAAAAGAAUUUAAACCUCCUAGAAUAAAAAGAACAAUGAGAGAUUAUUUUCAAAAACAAGAUCUCAACGUUCAUUUACAAAAUGGUGGAAUGCCAGGAAAUUAUCAUCAUCAUCAUCAUCAAUUAUCCGACAGCGGUUACAACAGCAUACAUAAAAAUUUACCACGUUUAUUAUUUUCAAUAAAUGGUGCCAUCGAUGUUCCUGUACCGAUGAUGACGUAUACAAACAUUUUCCCUUACGGUUACAUACCUAGACUUCAUUGUAAAGCUUUGGAAUUUCCGCUAGAUGAUGUUCGUUACAAACUUUUGAUAUUAUUACCAAUCGAAAAAAGAGGAAUUAGAAAAUUAUUAUACGAUUUAGAAAAUUAUUCAAUAAGAGAAGUUAUCGAUAGUAUAAAACCAGUAAAAGUUCAUGCGAUUAUUCCAACAUUUAUGGUAGAAGGAUUCGUCGUAUUGACGCCAUCUUUAAAAAAGCUUGGAAUUUGGGAUGUUUUCGAUUCGAGAAAAUCAAAUUUAUGCGGUAUGUCAAAGGAUCCCGAAUUAUAUGUGCGUAACGUUGAACAAUCCGUAACCGUCGUCAUUAGGAAUUACGUUGAAAUUUUUGAUAUACAAACGAGUGAGUAUAUUUCAAACGUACCUUAUUUUUCCGAUUACUUUAGAAAAAAAAGCAAUAUGGCGGAAACGAGUUUUUCCACCAUCUUUUAA